UAUUCCGGUGAACUUGGCGUUGUUUGUAUCUGUUGCCGUUGCAGUACUAAAACGAAUUAUCAAAACUCAGAAAAGUUCAUACAAAAAUACAAGAAUACAAAUCUUAUACAAAAUGGCCAAUUUCAUGUGCUUUGUUAUCCUCUCGUUGGCUCUGUUCGCCAGUGUUGCUGUGGCGCGGCCAGGAUAUGCUGUGGAUUACUAUGAUCAUCCUAAAUAUGCCUUCAAUUAUGGCGUGGCAGAUCAUACCACCGGUGAUGUGAAAUCCCAGCAUGAAACUCGUGAUGGCGAUGUUGUCAAGGGUCAAUACUCGCUGGUCGAACCUGAUGGCUCCAUUCGCACUGUUGACUAUACAGCCGAUUCCAUUCAUGGCUUUAAUGCUGUUGUGACUAAAUCUGGACCCACUGUGCACGCCCAAUCGUUGGUCACAAGCCCCAUUGUGGCUCACAAGCCCAUUCUGACCCACUACGAACCACAUGUGGCACCAGUGGCUGCUCCUGUUGUGGUUGCCUCACCAGCGCCUUAUGUUAACAAACAUUAUGCGCCCGCUGCCGCGCCCAUUCACUACGACUACGAUGAUGGCUACUACAACCAGGCUCAGUAUGAGUACGUGCCCCAGUAUGAUGCCGGACACUAUGGCCACUAUGCGAGUCCCUAUGCGACAUCACACUAUUAAGUACUCUAAGCGUAUUUAGUUUGUAUAAAAGAAAAGAUAAACAACCCUAGCUUGGCUAUAUUUACGAGUAUUUAUGUCGACUCCAUUGCAGUUGUGUGGCUGCCAAACGAGAUCGCUUAGAAAACCACACACACUAUUAACUUGCUGACCCUUUUUCUCACACACACACACUCACACGACGCUGAGUAAGAUAAUAACGAUAUGGAUGCUAAUUUAAGUUGUGAAUUUUUCUGUAAAAUAAAGUUUCAACAACAUUUCAUAAGUGAAAAU